AUGGACCGCGCACAUCGGGGACUACAGGUGUCUCAGGGACUACAAGUGUCUCAGGGACUACAGGUGUCUCAGGGACUACAGGUGUCUCAGGGACUACAGGUGUCUCAGGGACUACAGGUGUCUCAGGGACUACAGGAGUCUCAGGGACUACAGGCGUCUCAGGGACUACAGGCGUCUCAGGGACUACAGGCGUCUCAGGGACUACAGGAGUCUCAGGGACUACAGGAGUCUCAGGGACUACAGGAGUCUCAGGGACUACAGGAGUCUCAGGGACUACAGGAGUCUCAGGGACUACAGGAGUCUCAGGGACUACAGGAGUCUCAGGGACUACAGGAGUCUCAGGGACUACAGGAGUCUCAGGGACUACAGGAGUCUCAGGGACUACAGGAGUCUCAGGGACUACAGGAGUCUCAGGGACUACAGGAGUCUCAGGGACUACAGGAGUCUCAGGGACUACAGGAGUCUCAGGGACUACAGGAGUCUCAGGGACUACAGGAGUCUCAGGGACUACAGGAGUCUCAGGGACUACAGGAGUCUCAGGGACUACAGGAGUCUCAGGGACUACAGGAGUCUCAGGGACUACAGGCGUCUCAGGGACUACAGGCGUCUCAGGGACUACAGGCGUCUCAGGGACUACAGGCGUCUCAGGGACUACAGGCGUCUCAGGGACUACAGGCGUCUCAGGGACUACAGGCGUCUCAGGGACUACAGGCGUCUCAGGGACUACAGGCGUCUCAGGGACUACAGGCGUCUCAGGGACUACAGGCGUCUCAGGGACUACAGGCGUCUCAGGGACUACAGGCGGUCUCAGGGACUACAGGCGGUCUCAGGGACUACAGGCGGUCUCAGGGACUACAGGCGUCUCAGGGACUACAGGCGUCUCAGGGACUACAGGCGUCUCAGGGACUACAGGCGUCUCAGGGACUACAGGCGUCUCAGGGACUACAGGCGUCUCAGGGACUACAGGCGUCUCAGGGACUACAGGCGUCUCAGGGACUACAGGCGUCUCAGGGACUACAGGCGUCUCAGGGACUACAGGAGUCUCAGGGACUACAGGAGUCUCAGGGACUACAGGAGUCUCAGGGACUACAGGAGUCUCAGGGACUACAGGAGUCUCAGGGACUACAGGAGUCUCAGGGACUACAGGAGUCUCAGGGACUACAGGGGUAA